UUUUUUUAAGGAUGAUUAAGUAAUUUUUAAAAACUAUCAGUAGAACGAUGUCACGCUUUGGCAUUCGGGGAAAGCUGGCACCGGAGGAGGAGCGAGAGUGAUUGGCAGAAGCGACCUAACUCUAAAAACAAGAUGGCAACGAACCCUGCAGGCACGGGCAUAAUGGAGAAUAUAACUCCGUCUGACUCCCCACCGUCUCCCUUUGACGCCCCAACUUCCUCCCCACUUCCUUCGGUUCCCCCCAACACCCCUUCUACCCCAUCUCCUUCGGGUCCCCCCACAACCCCCUUCCCUUCGUCAGGCCAACCGCGCUUCCCUUCUGCUUCUCAAAAUCGCGAUGCCAAGAUGCCGGACCUGCCAGAAAUGGGCGAGAACGAGAGCCCCGGAGCCCAACGGCAGAGCCAGGUGUCCUCCAGCAGCAGAAACUCGACUCUCCUCCGGAAGAAUCCCCGAAGCCGAGGCGCGUCCGAAACCAGCGCCGGGAGGAUCGACCCCGGCACCGCCUUCCCGCCCUACGACCCGAGGUUCUCCCUGUCCCUCUCCGUGUCCGCUGCCAACGGCGCCGCGGCGUCACAGCUGCCUCUCGAUGACGACGGAAGGAAGAAGAUCGUGGUGCUGGGCAGCGGCGACUUCGGCCUCGCGCUCGCCACUCGACUCGUGCAGGCGAACUACCGGGUAGCCGUCGGGAGCAGAGACCCCGAGAGGUGCAGGUCAAAGGUCGAGGCAACGGGUGGCAUUCCGAUGACCCACGCGGAGGCACUGAGAGAGAGCGCCGUGGUGGUGUUGGCAGUGCCCUUCCAACACACGGGUUCUCUGCCCCUUAGUAAUCUCGCCAACAAGAUCGUCAUUGAUGUUAGCAAUAGGAACCCGAAAGACCGAGAUUCAUCCGGAAGGAGCCAGGCGGAGCACCUCCAGAACCUGCUCCCCACAGCCAGGGUCGUGAAGGCGUUUAACGUUCUGUCCGCUUACACGCUCUCCAGGGGUAUCAGGGGCAGCAAGGAGGUCCCCGUGUGUGGAGACGACAAGGAAGCGAAACAACUCGUCAGCGAGGUAGUGAAGGACCUCCGCCUGGAUCCUACAGACUUGGGCGGCCUCCAGAGUGCCCGAGAAGUUGAGGAAAUCCCCUUCCAGUUCUUCACAGAGUGGAAGUUUGGCGUGAUCCUUUCCACGGUCGUCUGGUGCAUCAUGUUCGUCGUUACGCUCUUCAGGUCCCAGCUGUGCUCUAACCUGGAGAACAUGCACAAGCCCAAUUUCACUUGGGAUUGGAGCGGCUUCGACGGCAUCGUAAGAGACAACGUGAGCUCCUCCUCCGCUGGCGCUGCCCUCACCUUGCUCGCUCUUUGUUACCUGCCAGGUGUCAUAGCCGCCUACAUCCAGCUGGCACGAGGAACCAAGUACUCCGAGUUUCCGUUGUGGCUGGACACUUGGCUCAAGGGAAGAAAACACAUUGGAAUCCUCAUGCUCUGGAACGCGGCUAUCCAUGCGAUUCUGGUUCUUAGUUACAGCAUGGGGAGUGUUGGCUUGUACGACGACACCUACUCCUGGCGAGGCCCAACCUACGUCGCUUGUGGGGCGUUCACUCUCCUCCUCGCGGGCGUGCUGGGCGUGGCCUCCCUGCCCUCCGUGUCCGCCUCGAUGACCUGGAGGGAGUUCUCCUUCGUGCAGAGCCGCGUCGGGUGGCUCGUCCUCCUCCUGGCUUCCUUCCACAUCAUCUUCAACUUCUGGGACGGGCUGAUCAAGAAUAAUUUCUCCUGCUAUUUUCUGCCUUCCAUCGCGCAGCUGUGCAUCGUGCUCCCCCUGCUGACACUGGUCCUCAAACUGCCCCUGCUGACACCCUGCGUGGACCGCUCCCUCACCAGGAUUCGUCAGGGAUACGAACGGGUGUCUCUCCACGGCCUCACGGGCGUGUGAGCGACGACCAAGACGGGGAAUGAAAUGGCGUUUAUUUUUUUUAUUUUCAUUGUUAUUAUCAUUCAUAUUGUAAUUAUUAUUAUUAUUAUUAUUAUCAUUAUUAUCAUUAUAGUUAU